AUGUCAAAUCCCGAAAGUUCAAAGGCAAAGAGCUUCAAGAACGACACGGAGAGCUCUUCAGGUACAAAUGAAAACACAAGUCAGUUGCCCACGGCGGAUUUACCGGCAUCCAAUCCCCCCGGUGAACUAAGGGCGAACUUUGCCUCGAUAACACCACCGGGAUCCCAUGCCUCGACCACGACCAAGAAGAAUGAGCGCACAGUGGCCGUGAAGCCGCAGUCGUCGCCGUUAUUGUCUACGACACCUCCGCUGGUGUCAAAGGCAUUGGUCAACUCUUACCCGUACUUGUUGAUCAUCAACAAGCUAUUGUCGAUUAUGACGUGGACCAACGAAGACUACUGGGUCAACGUGGUGCUCAUUUCGUUGUACGCGUUAGCCAUUUUAUACUUUGAGAGCAUCGUGACUUGGUUUGGACAUUUGAUCAUUGCUGCCGUAAUAACACUAUAUGCCUUGUUGAACAACAAGAUCAUCGAGGAGGCAAAUUUGCACCCGACUUUGGACGAUGUCGUGCAAGCGUUGAAUUCAACCUGUAUCAAAGCUGACAUGUUGCUUUUGCCAAUCACGUCACUUGGAUUGACGGCUUAUGACAUCAAGAGACUUUUGUUCACCACCAUCUUUUUAACUCCAGUUUACCUCAUCAUCACUUUUCUCUUCAUCAGGCCCAGAAUCAUUUUGCUCUUUACUGGUAUAUUCAUCAUGACGUAUCAUUCGUCUUAUUCCAUUGUCAUUAGGAGAAUGCUUUGGAGAAUAAAAGCUGUCAAGUUGGUCUGUUUCUAUUUAACAGGCUUGGAUUUGUCGCAAUCGAGAAACCAUUCACUUUUUGCAGCUGCUUUUGCCAAAGUGCAAAGAAACGAGGACACUUUUGGCGCCAAGCCUUCAAAGCCAGUGCGCUUCACUUAUGUCAUUUAUGAGAACCAAAGAAGGUGGUUGGGGAUCGGCUGGACUUCAAACUUGUUAUCGUACGAAAGAGCCGCUUGGACCGAUGAGUUUCUCAACGAGAGCAGCUCGAUUGAUCUGUUCAAAUUGCCCAAUGCUUCAGACACGGACAAUUUGCCAUUUGACUCGAAUCUUCAAGGAGCCAAUUGGAAGUGGGUCGACAAAACGUGGAGGUUGGAUUUGACCAACGAUGGAGCCAUUACAUUGCCCGCGUCGAAAAUCUCCAAAACCACGGCUAACCCCACAUCAGAUGAAGGUUACAUAUACUAUGACAAUGUAUGGAAGAAGCCGUCGACCGAGGAUAGCUUUUCGAAAUAUACAAGGAGAAGAAGAUGGAUUCGAACAGCUGAGUUGGUGUACGAUAACGUCGCCAGCGCUGUAGCUGAAGAGAAGUUGGAAAAGUCCGGCGACUCGGUCAAAGCCACUGGUAGAGACCCGGUGCACGAUAAAAAGAUUAAAAACUUACGAUUUGCUGAGGCGACGGAGAUCGACGACGCUGUCAAAGAGACCACUGCUGCGGUGCCUGCAAAAGAAGGAAAGGUAAAAGGAAAGCAAGAAGAAAAAGAUGAAGAUAAAGUCAUUGAAGUAGUUGAUAAGAAAAAUUUAUAG